AGAUAAUACUCUAUCGACCUGCUCAGGUCAGCGAUAUCCCGGUAGAAAGAACGCUGGAUGUGCAAUCGAAAAUGCACCGGAAUGAAUUUGGUCAUUGUCGGCUAUUUCAUUUGAAUGCGAGCUCUCUUAUUUACCCAUGUGGAGAUAACGUGUUAUCAAAAGGCCUGUGUCAACGAUAGCGGUACCUUCUCACAAAGACCUUUCCUGAAGGCAAAUAGCCGCCCACUUUGUGCGAGCUACUUACGCAUUACCUUAUCGCAACAUAGCACUCUGCAUAUCUCUGCAUUAACUUGUAAAGUUACUUAUGCCUAUAACGAUCCCGUCUCAAUCUCUUCCCUACUUUUUCUAAAAGGCUAAGCUUUUUUUCUUUCUUUUUUGCAUGUACCAUUUUUGACAGCAGUACAUCACUUCGCCAAGGAUCUCAGCGCGCAUCGGUGCAACUGUGUGCUGUUGACUGUCUCGCGGUCUUAAUUUACGUUAACAACACGUGUGCGAUCGGUGAGAGGCCAACACGUAUUCGCAUCGGCUUUAGGUUCCUUCAUUGAUUUUUCACUAAAGAAGAAAAAGAAACUGGUAGUAGAGUUCCUGCGAAUAUGAGCUUAAUUCAACGACAAAAAAAUAAAGACAAAAUAUAGCAAUAACGAAGGAAAGUACUCUGGAAUGAAAGCGACGAUGCGAGACCGAUGGGUGGUCUUGGGACGACAGGAAACAACCAGACGCUAGGCGCGAGCGCGUAAAAAAAUAAGAGAUAAAGAAAAGAGAAAAAGAAAGAAGAAAACGAAGGUGAAGAAAGAGGGGAAUUCCUCGUUUCCGAAACAGGAAACGGCGGAGGGGGUUUGACAGAGAGCGCCUCCGUGUUCUGCUCCCCGAGCGCGAAGAGGGGCAGUCCCAGACACUUACCUCCUUGCUGUGCCAAAAAACACUCACGCACACUCUGACAACAAAAAAGAAGCAGCAACGAGACAAAUGGCUGGUAAUGAAAAACAGCAGCAGGAACACCUCGCAGCUGUGGCGCGGCACCAAAACUGGUCUGCUCUACGCUGCCCGUUCGCGGCAUGAAUGUGCCUGUAGUGUUUAAAGUGGCUGGAUGCGAGGAGGGAAGGAAGCGAUGGAUGGACGUGGGGCAGAUAGGGAGCAACAGUACUUUUCGCCUCGCCGCCGCCGCCGCCGCCGCCGCCUAUAUAUCUCUCGCUCUCGCUCUCUUUUUUGCCGUCUACGACGGCUGGGGGUCGUUCUCUCCGUCUGAACUGCCGCGCCGUCGGCCCCCCGAGCCUGGCUGUACCCUCCUUCUACGCUCUUCUGGGCGAGGGAGCGGAGAUCGCCGGCUACACGCACACUUUCGCCGUGAGACAGCCAUCCGCGUUACCGGCGCAGUGGGCAGCUGAAGCGUCAGGUCGCGGUCGACUUCCCUCUCAAGCGCCUUCCCUCGUAUGUCAACGCGCGGAGAGCUGUGUGUCGUCGCGGUCCGGCCAUCGUCUCCCGUAUCGUCACCCUCGAGCUUACCGCGGGUCUGAUGUUCGGAGACGUGCGUAUCAAAUCCGGUUACCUGCGGCCGUCGUCGAUUGCGGCACGCAUCGUAGGAAUCUCGGUCUUCGUCGGCGGUAGACGCGACGGAGGGAACAGCGUGCUGUGCCCGGCGAGUCGGAAGUUAUUGCUCGGGGCCAGGUGAUGUCCCACGACAUCGCGAGGCGGAAGCCACAGAAUUAUGACUUUUCGACGGCUGCCGCGAUGGCUCGGCAAGCUGCAGACUUACGCCAUUCUCGCCGGCUGCCUGGCACUUCUCAUCCUCUUCAGGUCAUUCCGCACAGAGGCCCAGGAGGGCGACAGGGAGAUCUUUGACGAGGACCUAUUCAUCGCGCCUCAACAUUUUAAAGACCAUGCUGAAAACGAGGUAGUUGUGCACGAAGAACUUGAUGCGCUCCCGGAGGAAACGGUCAGCAGCGAAAACCCCUACGUUCACCCGUACGUUAUCGACGCGUCGCACGUAUGUCGGAGCUUCGAAGAUGUGCCGAGGCGCUUAAUAUUCGUGGCGAGCGCUCCGAGCCACCGGGAAGCUAGGAACGCCAUACGCGACACUUGGGGACUCCACUCAUACGUGGCGCAUCGAAACGGCAAGGUACUAUUCUUGCUGGGACGCUCCGCGUACGACAUGGAAAUCAAGGCCGAGUCUCAGGUCAACGGGGACAUCGUACAGGGCAAUUUCACGGACAGCUACGACAACCUGACGCUCAAGAGCGUCAUGAUGCUUCACUGGACGCGCUCCUUCUGCCCAAACGUCGAGCACGUGAUGAAGACGGACGACGACGUGUACGUGAACCUCGACAACCUGGUUCACCACCUAGAGCACGAGAUGGCCGACCAGAGGCGCUGGAUCCAGGGAUGCGUCAAGAGGCACGCCGCCACGCCGCUUCGGUCUGCCGGUGCCGGUCAGCCUCUGAGCCCUGUGGAUGUGUGGACACUGCCCAAGGCGCACCCGGACUUUGUGGCGGGAGCGGGGUACGUCAUAUCCGGUGACCUGGUGGAGGACCUGCUGGUGGCUUCGGCGAGGGUUAAGUGGGUGCCCGUAGAAGACGUGUUCGUGACGGGACGGUGCGCUGCCUUGGCCGGUGUGAAGCCAGAGACUGACGAUAGGUUCAGCUGUGGCCGUCCGGUGAAGGAGCCGUGCGAAAUGGCUCACGCGUUCACGGGGCACGGAAUGACGCCUGAGCUGAUGAGAAGGACGUGGGAUGCAAUGCUCAGUGGCUGUUCGUGACACUUAUACCGGUUGCAAAAUUUUUCGUAACCUGAGCAUUUAAAGCAGUAAAAUGCAGAUUCUCACGAGACUGGGGUGCACGUGAUGCUUGCUUUGCCCGUGCGCAGGGUGGGAAAUUCGUCAAAAGACGGAUAACUUCCGUAGGAGCCGCCGAAUGGCAAGGCUAGACAGUGAAGGCGUACGCAUGCCGUUUGAAGUUUGACAUGGGUUCCCAUGACGAGUACUGUGAACACUGUACCCGUCAUCAUAUCACGACAUAGCUUUUGUAUCUUAUGCUGUCUCAUUUCGGUUGUGGACCAAUGUCAGGCAGCGAAGUUUGGUGCUGUGUGAUCUAGCUUUUUUCUACACCGGGUGCCUUUGUGAAGCUCUCACUUGCCGUAAUUUUUGGUGAACGCGAGCGAGCUAUGUGCGGUGAUGGUUCGUUUGAUGAUGAAUCAUUGAACGGAGGACUUCAGCCUGCAGAGUAUAAGGGUCAAGUCGGCUGGCUCAAUGCAGGGUUAUCGGAAAUCGAGGGGGGGCAGUGGGCUUUGUCCUUUAGUAGACAUAAGUAGGCUCAUUAUGAUUGAACGGAAACAAGACUUGCUCUGCUGAGUGCCAAAACCAUUCACUUGCUCACUUCCAGGAAAAGCGUGGGAAUAAGCUAAAAUGCCUUCCUAAAUCUGGCAUUUACAAUUACACCGAGAUGAACUGACGCUGCUGUUAGCCUAUUUGCUUUGUAACCAGCGCCGGAAGUAUAUAAAAAUUGUAAGGUGUACAAAUGUUCAUACUAUGUGACCAGCUAAAGCAUAAGAAGUUACUUUGUGUCCUGCUGAGUUCCGUUGUUGCAUCGGGAAGCAGGCUAGUGGAACAUUUUCUGCAUAUUUCAUGUUGACAAAUGGCAUUUGCAGCCGA